AUGUCCAUCGACCUCGAAUGGGCCAAACUCGACUCUUCUCUCGCCAAUUACCUCGUCGACGUUCUCAACCGCCAACUAAGUAAUGCCCAACGCCCCUCAUUCAUAGGCCCCGUCGAAGUCACUUCCCUCGAAUUCGGCUCUGCCUCACCUGACGUAGAGCUCGUCGACCUGCGCGAUAUCUAUCGUGAUUUUCUCGAGGACGAUGAAGACGACUCGUCUACUUCUCCGGUCAAGGUGACUGAGGGUCAGCUUGAUGCGCAUGGUGGAGAGGACGAUGAUGGGUACGAGUGGGUGCCUCGGCGGGCGGCUGCGAGGGAGUAUUACACCGAGGGCGGUGGGCACGGCGGGAAUGGGAGUCAUCUACCGAUGCACCUGAGGCAUCCGCCGCUGAGGAGCUCGCCGACGGACACGUUCAGCUCGCUGGGGCACAGUAUGGGGAUGACGAUGCCAGUUGGGUUGGACAUGUGGACUGGCCACGGGGCGUUGUUCCAUCACCAAGGGAGCGGCGGCAGCCCAGCUCUCGCUCACGGAGGUCCGAUAUUGCGUAGUCCCUCGCCUUCAACGCCCUUUCCUGUGGUUCAUACCCCUCCUUUAGGUCGCACUCCCACCGCUGCAUACCGCUCGUCCUCAGCCUUGGAUCCCGACUCGUCCUUCCUCAACCAACCCGUUUUUCCUUCCCAGCAACCGCAACAACAACAACCCCAGCAGGAAAACAACCACCCCAAUCUCCAACUCCAUCUCCAGGUAAACUGGCACUCGAAUUUACGAAUCACGAUUACGACUUCGCUGUUGAUCAACUACCCUUCACCCAUGUUCAUGUCGCUGCCUAUCAAACUGUCUGUUACGGGUUUGGUUUUCAAUGGGGAGCUAGCGGUAGCAUACGAAGGACAACGGAGGAGAGUGCAUGUAUGUAUCCUCGACGACCUGGAUCCGUACGGUCCAGCAGGCGACAGACCUAAACGCGAGGUCGACCCUGACACACUCAACGAUACGGCCAUCACCCCGCCAGACCUGGACGAAGACUCUCCACCCAAUUCCGGGAGACCACAGAAACCGCUACCCAUAGGCCAGAGGCUGCUACCCUCAAUCUUCAUCGAGAGCGAAAUUGGUCAGGCGGACAAACAUGUGCUGAAGAAUGUGACGAGAGUGGAGAGGUUCAUUCAGGAUGUGAUACGGAAGACGGUGGAGGAAGAGCUGGUGUUUCCCAAUUUUCAUACUUUGGUCAUGGGGGAUGGGUAG